AUGUAUCAAGAUACUUCACAAAUCAAUUUUUCAACAAACAAUUGUGAAAAACACGACAGUUUUGGAAUCCAGUCAGGACUAUCGCCAUCGAAUAUUCUUUGCCGUGUAAACGCUGACUUUUCCGCGACAAGUGAUAAUAAUUACGCAGCAUCUUACACAAUUGCGCCAACCAUAACUAAUAAUGACAAACAGUAUUGUUCUACGACCUCUUUAGAAUCAACAUCUCACACUUCACAAUUUAUCGGUUAUAAUGCUAAUGAUCAUUUAGAACCGAAUAAACCAACGUCUAAUCCAAGCAUCUUUCCUCCACUUAUUAGACCCACAAUUAAUUCACCUAGAAUGACUCAUGCUAGCUCUCCUCAAAUUCAAACGGUUGAAUUUCCAAGUUUUAAAAUUAUUAUAAUCCCAAAAUUAACUGGUCUUGACAUGCAACAUCAACUUCAACAAGGCAAUACUUGCUUGGAUUAUCCACAAUUAAAUCAAGAACAGAAUUAUUCCUUUGCAAUAAAUGGAUACGAAUCUACACCUUCUCCGAUGACAGGUUUAACCAGUUUAGACGUGCAGCAUCAACUUCAACAAGACGAUACUUAUUUUCAUAAUUCUUCUUAUUCGGUUAAUCCACCAUUAUCAAAUCAAGAACAGAAUCAUUUCUUUGCAAUAAAUGGAUACGAAUCUACACCUUUUCCAUUUUCUUAUUCGGUUAAUCCACCACGAUUUAAUCAAGAACAGAAUUAUUCCUUUACAACAAAUGGAUACGAAUCUACACCUUCUUCAUUAACAGGUUUAACCAGUUUAGACGUGCAGCAUCACCUUCGGCAAGGCAAUACUUGUUUGGAUGAUUCUUAUUCGGUUAAUCAACCUCAAUUAAGUCAAGAACAGAAUUAUUUCUCUGAUGCACGUUUCAGAUAA